AUGGCGAAAGAGUGGUCUAAUGGAGGAGGAGGAGGAGGCGGUAAACGAAGAGGAGGAGGUUCUCGUGGAAGCAACAACACUGAUGGCAACAACAACAACAACAACAACAACAACAACAACAACAACAACAACAAGAAUGCUAAUACUACUGCUUCCAAUUACAAUGCUGCGACGAAUAAUCGAGGAGGCAGACGGAAGCAAAAUCAAAAUGCACAACGAACAACAAACCAACCGUCCAUUAAGGUUUCAACUGGAGGCUCCCAGAGACCAGCAAAUGCUAGAAAUAUGACAGGUGCCAAUGCUGCAACCACCACCAAAACAAGGUCGGCGGCUAACACUUCCACUUCCACUGCCACUGCCACAACUACCAAUGUCAAUACUAGUGACAAUACCAAUACCAAUGUCAAUGUUGAAAAAGAAACAGUCCCAACCAAAGUGGAAGUAAAAACGAUAAUACCUGCUAGCUAUGCUGCAGCCGCGUCAAAGUCGAGUGGGGACGAUCAUAAUCAGCAGCAUAAUCAGCAGCAGCAGCAGCAGCAGCAGCAAUCAGAAGCGCAGAAACCACAAACACAAAAUCAAUCAUUGGGCAAUACAAAACUUGCCGACUCAACCAUCUUGGCUUCCAACUAUGUCCCAGAAUACCUAAAGGAGGUCUUGUAUUUACCAGUUCAACAUGGUUAUCAAGCCAGGAAACUGCCAGAUAUGUUGGAUCAUUGCAAUCGGACCUAUUACGAAAUGGUCCCACAUCCGUUUCAAAUACCACAACCCCCAGUACUACCACUUCCCACUCGAGAAGUGGCCAUGGUGCCUUUGGAUCCAUUUUUUGCUUUGAGGCCAGAAGUAAAGCAACGGCGAUCCUUGCUGUUGUUGUCGUCGUCGUCGUCAAAGUCUACUACUACUGCUGCUGCUAUUACUACUACUACUCAAACGCCGCCACCAACAGAAACAAUAACAGUACAGCCUACAGAGCAACAACAGCAACAGCAACAUGCUGCAAGAUACAUCAUUCCCAAGCUAGAAAAUGCCAAAGGGAGAAAUGACUACUUGCAUACAUUUCGCCUUUUGCUCCAGGAAGAAUUUGAAGAAAAGAUGAUGCUCUACGAACGAUACACACAAUUUCAAUCGACUGUCAAUGUGCAUCCCAAAGCUGCUGCUCGGGCCACUCUUCAUAUUCCGGGGCUGUCCAAUACCCGACCUUCACUGGAACCAGGAGACGAAGUCUUGCUGCGCCCGCAACCAUUGAGAGCUGUGAAACAAUUGCAGGCCAAUGGUGGUGGUGGUGUUGGUGGUGGUCCUGCUACCAAUAGUUACUACUACAGCAACCACGAAACCACCAUGAACAUGGCGAACUCUCCCAUGGUGGAAGUUCAUGCUCAAGUGGUAAAUGUUGUUCGCGGAACCUGGAAAAAUAAAGGCAAACAACAAAAGGCCAAAAUGACAGACGACAAGGUGGUGAUUACUUGGUUGGAACCACAUUUUAAUCAGAUGUUGCAAUUGAAUCACCAGUUGGUCAGUGUGCGCUUUUUGCCCUCUACCAUUACUUUACAACGAACUUUGGAAGCCCUCAAGUGGAUUGAACGCUUGCAUCCGGCAGUGGCCCAACAACUCUUGUUUCCGACCGAAAUACCUCAUUUGCCCAUUGCAGCGGGAAAUGAUGGUGAUAUGAACGACUUGAUGUUGGCCCAUGCACCGACCGAUGUGGCUGACAGCAACAGCAACAAUAGCAACAGCAACAGCAACAAGAAGAUUUCUACUACUAUUCCUACUGUAAAUGGAACCGAUGCUCCAACAACAACAAUUGCUGCUGUUGCUGCUCCUGUUGGUCCCAAAUUGAAUGAAAAGCAAUCGCGAUUUGUACAUAUGGUACUCAAACGAACACGAUACCCCAGCAGAGGAAUUGUGCGGCCGCCAAUGAUAUUGACAGGUCCGGCUGGAACCGGCAAAACCAAGGCACUUUUGACCAGUAUCAUUCGAACACUACAGCAACAAGAUGCUACUACUACUGCUGCUAGUAUUCAAAACGGCAACGGUGACAACAGCACUACAAAUCAUCCACAGCGACUACCCAAGAAACAUAUUUUGGUAUGUGCUCCCAGUCAUACUGCCUGCGACGUCAUUACAAGGCGGUUGUCCAAGUCGCUCAGCGCCCAACAAUUAUUUCGACUGUAUCCGUCCAGUCGCUCAAUAGAAAUGGUGCCAGCCGAAUUGCUUCCAUAUGUUCGAAUGAAACCCAAUGAUGAAACAGAGUUUAUCUUGCCUCCUACCCAAGAGUUGCUGGCCUUUGAAGUCAUUGUUUGUACCUGUAGUGAUGCGCACAUUCUGACCCUGGCAGGUUUGACCAAUUCUCGGUUGCGGAUGCGGCGCCAACAGUUGCAAGAGUAUGCGCUUACAAUCUUGCAAGCGGGAAACAUGCAAAUUUCUGGUGAAAUUGUUGGUGCGGGAGAUCCACACUUUACUCAUCUCUUUAUCGACGAGGCCGCCCAAGCAACAGAGCCCGAAAGCCUCAUUCCAAUCUCCGUAGUGGUAGACGACUUUCCAAGUGCCAUCAAAGUCGAAAUUGCUCUCGCCGGAGAUCCGCGACAGCUCAGUCCCGACGUCUAUUCGCCACUGGCAGCAGGGGACUUACAAAAAUCCUUGUUGGAGCGAUUGCUACGACUGCCUGAAAUCGGUGGUCGAUCUCACAUGAUGGGACCUCCAACUGGAGAAAGUUGGACGUCCAUUGGUGAACUCAUUGAAUAUUCCUUUCAAAAGAAGGAGGAUCAUGAUCAUCUGUCUGUCUUUUUGACGACUAGUUACCGAGGUCAUCCAUCUUUCUUGAUGAUGCCAAGUAAACUGUUUUAUUUCGACAAGCUCCGUAGCGCACACCCCUUUUCGGAUUCGACGGACAGCAAAUGGUGCAAUGCUUUGCGAAAGCUUGAAGCUGCUUCAUCCAUUGUGAAUCCAAAAGCGGAGAAGCAAGACUCUUGGCCCAUACACUUUCGAGGUGUUGUGGGAAAGGACCAAUCCACUGCCGUGGAAACCUUUUUGGGAUCCAACUCCUGGUCCAAUCCUGUAGAAGCAAACGAGAUUGUAGGAAUUGUUCAAACUCUGGUUACGGAGGGAAUAUCAACAGCUUCCAUUGGCAUCAUGGGCGCCUUUCGCGGACAAGUAAUCUUGAUUCGACGCCUGUUGCGAGCGAAAGGUUUGGGCGCCGUCAAUGUUGGAAUUGUCGAAGAUUACCAAGCUGUGGAACGCGAUGUCAUCAUAGUGUCGUUGACACGAUCCAACAGUGCAUUUCUCAAUGCUGAUAUGGAGCAGAGAGUCGGACUUUUCCAACAAACGAAACGAAUGAAUGUAGCACUGACAAGAGCCGAAAAUCUCUUGGUGGUAGUGGGAGACCCUGCUAUGAUGGAACAAGAUGAAGUCUGGAAACAGUGGCUUGAAUUUUGUCACCACCACGGCUUUUGGUAUGGAACCAAAAGCGAGAAGUCAUCGAUUUCAUAG